CCUGAGAUCAUGUGACUGCUAUGACUCACCCAGCAGAGACACCGGGAAAAACUCUUGCACAGAGAAGUUCAGUGAGAAGCCUGGGUGUCCUAGGGCACCAUGAAUCUCAUUCCUCACCUAUCAACAGGGACAUGGAUUCUCCUUGCUGUUUUAUUGGUGCUUAUAUUACUAUAUGGAAUUUGGCCAUAUGGAUUGUUUAAGAAAAUGGGAAUUCCUGGACCUACUCCAUUGCCCUUCAUAGGAACAUUUCUGGAGUUUAGGAAAGGGAUGAUACAGUUUGAUAUUGAAUGCUUCAAGAAGUAUGGGAGGAUGUGGGGAAUGUAUGAUGGGAGACAACCCGUACUUGCAAUUAUGGACCCUGCUAUAAUUAAAACUAUUCUUGUGAAAGAGUGUUACACAAAUUUCACUAACAGACGGAAUUUUGGUUUGAACGGCCCCCUUGAGUCUGCCAUCACUGUUGCAGAGGAUGAGCAGUGGAAAAGGAUUCGCAGUGUGCUCUCACCUACAUUCACCAGUGGAAAACUAAAAGAGAUGUUCCAGAUAAUGAAAGAUUACUCAGAUAUCCUUGUAAAAAAUGUCCAGGUUUCUGUGGACAAAGAUGAGCCAUGUGCAACGAAGGAUGUGAUUGGAGCAUACAGCAUGGAUGUUAUCACUAGCACUUCAUUCAGUGUGAAUAUUGACUCUCUUCAAAAUCCUUCAAAUCCUUUUGUUAUUCACAUAAAGAAUCUGUUGAAAACUGGCUUUCUGAGCCCAGUGAUCAUCUUUGCAGUGAUUUUUCCAUUCCUUAGACCGAUUUUUGAGGUCCUGAAUAUAAGCUUUUUUCCAAAAGAUUUCACUCAGUUUUUUAUGAAUGCUGUCACAAGCUUUCGGGAAAAGAGAAAAAAAGGAGAUCACUCGGGACGUGUGGAUUUACUUCAACUUAUGGUGGAUUCAGGGACAACAGAAGGAAAUGAUUCAAGCAAUCAGCAUAAAGCUCUGACAGAUGCAGAAAUAAUGGCUCAGUCCCUUAUAUUUAUAUUCGCUGGAUAUGAAACCACAAGUACAGCACUGUCUUACCUGUUUUAUAAUCUUGCCACCCACCCUGACGUCCAGCAGAAACUGCAUGAGGAGAUAGAUUCAUUUCUCCCUGACAAGGCCAGUCCUACUUAUGACAUUCUAAUGCAGAUGGAAUAUCUUGAUAUGGUUAUUCAGGAGACCCUCAGGUUGUUUCCCCCUGCGGGACGACUAGAAAGAGUCUCAAAGCAGAAUGUUGAGAUUAAUGGUGUUAGCAUCCCCAAGGGGACAGUCGCAAUGAUCCCAGCAUAUGUGCUACAACGGGACCCUGAAUAUUGGCCAGAGCCUGAAGAGUUCCGCCCUGAAAGGUUCAGUAAAGAAAACAGGGCAACUCAAACUCCAUUUACCUUUCUGCCAUUUGGAGAUGGUCCCAGGAAUUGCAUUGGAUUGAGAUUUGCUCUCCUGAGCAUGAAAGUGGCCAUUGCCACCCUGUUACAGAACUUCAGUGUCCGGCCUUGUGCAGAAACUCUGAUUCCCAUGGAGUUCAGCACCAUAGGCGUUUUACAGCCAAAGAAACCAAUUGUUUUAAAAUUUCUCUCUCGGGCAGCAGCUCAUGAGUAACAAAACAGAAUACAGUGUGUUUACAUCGGUAAUUCUCUUGAUGGAUAUGUUCCUGAAUGCAGUAUGAAUUUUUUUAAAUAUUUUUUUUCAUUAAUGAAUCCAUGUAAAUAUUAUGAAUAAGUAAUAAAAGAGAAUGCUGUGCCUUACAGACAUGCAGUCCUGUGCAUAGGUAUUGUAUGCUAUACUUCUACAUUUUAAAAUGUAGUACCAGUGUGGAACAGAUUCAGUUAACGAACAGAUCAGCGUGAAUACCAGCUUCAAGUUAUAACUGUACCUACCCACACACAGUGGUGUUUAAUGAGGUUGCCAAAUGAGGAUCUUUGCUCAAUUUGGCCAACAACGUGCUGGGCCAUAUCAGGCUGAUACAGUCAUUUGGGAGAGAACCACCUAUGCAGUAGUCGCCCUGACAGGCUUUUUAAACCUUGCCAGCAGAUGUCUGGCUGAUUUUUUUGUUAGAUAUCUGUCAGGGAGGAAGUUGGGGAGUGCCCAUACACAAUCAGAUAAGCUGCUGACUCUGUCUGAAGAGGCCUGUCUCUCUCACCAGAAGACAAUACAAAAUAAGUCUAACAAAUAUAGCCUCAUAAUAAAUGUGUUAUUGGUUGCUAUUGUUUUUGAUAAGAAGUGCAGAUAAGAACUGUCACAUACUCAUUUCCAUUAACAUAAUUUCCCACUGUACAUUAGUUGGUAAAAGUAAAACAUGCAAACUGAGGCAAAAUGUCUCCAUAGGGUGAAAUCCAGAAGCAAUAUGAGAGUGACAGCACAGGAAAGAGACUAGUAAAUGGAAGCUGCUGAAUGGUUGCUAUGGGUAACUAAACCUUUUAAUACAUUACCCCUUUAAAAAGGGUUUCUAUUUCUGUACUUAAGAAACAGUAUAUGUAGAAAAAGAGAGAGCUACAAAAUAUAGUCAAUAUUAUAUUUUUAUUUUAUAGCAUUUUUUUUCUUUAUAGAAUGUCACCAAAAUACUGUUAGUACAGAUGAACCUUUGUAUUUUUCAUGCGUUGUGCUAUAAGAAAGUGUAUAAGAAAGCGCUGAUAUGAUCAGGUGUAGAGUAGAGGCUCUCAUUUGCACAUUUUGAUGCUUGCAUAAAAGGAGGCAGUUAGGGACGUAUAAGUAUAUACUGUACCUAUUACCUAGCUACUUGAUUCCCAAUUUGUAAUGGUGGCAUCUUGUGUCUAAUUGCACAACUGUUCAAUUGUCACAUUUGUGGCAGGCGCAUUUACGCUGGAAUUAAGGGCAAAAUUCUGCAUCAUAGGGGGGAAAUAUUGUUCUUGCAUAGCAAACAAAUUAGUAAAUAAGGCCCUGUAUAUUUUGAACAGGAUUUUUGUCUUAUACUAAGAUUUGUUAAUUUUGACAUUUAGAUGCUUUAAAAUGCUACUGAUACUGUUGUGCAGAAAAGAACGCUGAUUUGGUGCACUUGCUCACCAAUCUCUAUUGAUGCUGGCAUAAAUUAAUUGACAUUAGAAGGCUGUUGGUGCCAGGAUGUGUACCUCCCGAUGCAUUCAACCUACUCCUUAUGCUCCCCUUAUUUAUGGAUGCUUUAGAAUGAUGCAAGUUACGAUACAUGUGGAGUGUUGUGUCACUUCUCCCCUGCUUUCCUUACACCUGCCUUGAUGCUAUUUAACUCAAUAAGUUAGUAUAUCCUUAUUCACUUUAAAUAUAAAUUUGCCAAGAGCUGAGAGACUAAUUAAGGUACUUUACCAUACACUGAAAGAUUAACUUGUUUGACAAGUUUGCCAAACGAACAGCUCUUCCCCCUAUAUGGUUACCCUGAGGUGGGCGAUAUUGGAUUGGUGCGAUCAUUUGGCCCAAGGGACAAACAAUCUAGUCAUAUUAAUGGGAUGUAAGCUAUCAGGGCGAGGACCACAGCAACAAGUCAAAGCACUCUUGCCACCACAGGAUUUCUGAACCUGCCCGAUUGACAUCUGGCCCAUGUAUAGCCACCUUUAAGGUGUUUUACGGAUUACUGCAGUGGAAUGGAAUGACUCUGGUUUUAAAUGUUUUUGACACACUUUUGUACUGAACAUUUUGGCAGUAUUGAUAUUAAUAAAAAUUGCCUUUUACCAAACUGA